GAAAAAUGUCUGCCUACCUAUGUGACUACUGCUGGACAGACUUCGUAAAACCCUACCCUCUCUCUUCUUGAACUUGUUAAGUUAAACCCUAGUUGAAGAGAGCACCCCUCUUGCUGCUCCACAACUCUUUUCUCCAUGCUUCCUAACUUCAACUCGCUCCCUUAUCACCGUCCCAACCAGGUACCCACCGUUGGACCCAUUGCUGCUUCAACUUCUCACCAGCAGGCUAUUUCAUCAGAUCAUUGCCAAGGGAAUCCCAGUAACUUAUUCGCACAAACUCAGUCUCAAAUGGGUCUAAUCAAUCCCCAAACUGCAACCCCCUUUGAUAAUUCAACUACUUAUCAUGUGGGAAACAAUCGGCCUAUGGUCUUGUCAAAUAGGCCAAUGGGUGCUCCCAAUCAUUCUCUUCCUAUGCAAACCGGUGCGCCCGUUUUGGGUUCGACCAUUGCUAUGCCGCACCUUGGUCAGUACCCCGGCGGUGGGUUCUGUCCCCAAAAUUUGAAUCCCAUGUCCCUAGCUCCAAUGAAUCUGAUUCAAUCACCUAAUCAGUUUUUUGCUCAUAAUUUUGGAAACCUGCCUCAGUACCCAAGCCCGAAUCCCAUUUUUCGGAAUGGUCAGUUCUGUUUGCAGAAUCCAAUGCAAGCAAUUAAUCAGUUUGUUCAAAUGCCUCAGUCGAAUUGUGGCCAACCUGAUCCCCGUAGUAUGCACCUUUACUCAAAUCAAGUUUCUCAGGGUUUGGCACCUCAAAAUCCCGCAUUUUUCCCAAAUCCGCAGUUUGGUAUUUUGCAUACUAAUGCAGGUUUGCAACUCAACCAAGAUCAGCAUAAGUUAGCUCUCUCGACAAUGGGCGCUAAUGCCACAGCUCAGUCUCAUAAUAACACUCAAGGGUCACAGGGGAACUCACCUCUACCGCCUUCUUUUGCUUCAGCUCUACCGCAACAUACUCAGAAAGAUUUCCACUCUUCUGGUUCUGCAGAGUCACAGGGAAAUCUUCGAAAAGAUAGUGGGAUUAAUAAUUGGAAUAACAAUUGGAAGAAUUCUCAAAACAGGAAGUUCACUAGGGAUCUUACAAGGGAUGAAUCGCAUAGGGGAUUUUCGAAGCCCCAGUUUCAUAAUGUGCAAAAUGCAAAGGGGAAGUUCAGUUUUCAUAAUAAACACGGGGGAAAAGGCAAGCUUGCAAAUUCUUCCAACCAAGCUCAGGUCGUACAAAGGAGAUCUCUAUCUGUGAAUUACACGGAACAAGAAAUAAAACAGUGGCGUGAAGAACGCAGGAACAACUACCCAUCAAAAUGCAACGCAAAUAAGAAGCUGGCAGAAACUGACGUUAUAGUCCAAGAUGCCAUGUUAAGGCGCCAGCGACUCAAAGAAAUUUUAGCAAAACAGGCUGAGUUAGGUUGUGAAGUAGCCGAAAUCCCACCAUGUUAUCUUUCAGAUUCGGAGAAACAAGGGUGCAGAAAGGAAGUAGGUAACAAAGCAUUGACGAAGAAGAACUUCCAGAACAAGUAUAAUAAAUGGGGAAGAUUCCAUCGAAAGGAAAGGUUUUCAAAGAAGCAACUACUAGCAGACCAUGAUUCAUCACACUUGACCAAUCCAGAUGAACAGUUCUCCAAGAAGCAGAAGUUGAGAGACAAUGAUUCACGCACCAUGCCUUAUUUGAACAAAAAGCAGCCAACCCUUUUGCAAAGGCUACUGAGUGCAGAUAUUAGAAGAGAUAAACAUCGUUUGUUACAGGUUUUUAGGUUCAUGGUGAUGAAUUCUUUCUUCAAAGAUUUGCCUGAGAAGCCGCUAAGGUUUCCUUUGGUAAGAGUUACCAACAAUACAUCAGAGGGAGAGGUGGUUGAAGGAAAACUUCCGAGUCCAGGAAAUGGUGUUUCUGAAGCCUGUGACAAGACUGCUAGUGGAGAAACUGAGUACGGCGAUUAUCCCGAUGAUGAGGGGGGUGCGGACUAUGAACGUGAACAUGAUGCGCUCGCUAAAGAAGCAGCCCUUUUUGUUAGCUCAAAAGGAGGUGAACCUGAGGAGCUUGAGGAGGAAGAGGGAGAAAUUAUUGACUAAGAUGAGGAAACCUAAUGUUAUGGGUUGGUAGCAUGAUAGAUGAGAUGAUGUUCAGCGGCAGUCUCUUUUGCUAGUAGCUUGCUGAGAAUCCUCAGGAAGAAGAGGACAUAUAGUCAAGAAACUUCUCUGUGUGUGUGUCCAAAUUUUCUUAUUGAAUGUGCACCGUUGUGAACUUUUUUUGUUCUGUUGAAAUGUAGUAUUUGGGGAUUUCCACAAGUACCAAAAGUGGUUUUCCAUAGAAUGAUGCAGGAGUACAUUUACUCCUAUACAUGUGCGGAGGCAGAUUAAGGGUGUACAUAGCUUGGUAAUCCCAUAGUUAACUAUUGGUACACUGAGGGCUUGGUAAGCACAAGGUUUUAAUACCAUGGCUGCAUGUGCCUUAAAAGCCCAGAGUUAAUUUAUUUGCAACCAAGGCUCUUGAAAGUCUGAAC